UGUUAACAAUUAAAAAAUACAUCCAAUUUUUUUUUUUUGAAACAAAAUUGUAAAUUUAAAAAAUUUUUUUUGUUGUACCACUCGAACGGAAAUGUAAACCACUCGCCCCCGCCAAGAAUUCUGAGCCCAGCUUCCUGCUUGAAACAAAAAAUAUCACAAAAACACACAUAACCAAAAUAAAUUCAAAAAUCAAGAACUGUUCGAAAAAGGAAACACAAAAAUUCAAUUAUAUAACAUUUAAUUGCAAAAUCAAAUAAUACAAACGCCAUAUAUAUAUAUAAUAUCAUAAUUUACAAAAGCAAAAAACCAAACAAAACAAAUACAAACGCAUUAAAAAAGACGGAAGUGGAUUUUUUUCGUUAAGCGGCAAAGCGGCGCAUCCUGUUUUGGGCUUUUCCACACGCGCACUCACACAGACACAGAUACACAAACACAUACGAGUGCACUACGGACUGGCGAGUGGCUCUCUCACGAUCGCGUAUAAGAGUAAUAACGUUCACUUCUUUCCCCCUUGUCUUAAUUGAUUAACUGGGCCCAAACCAAACCAAACAAAAACAUAUAAAUUGUAUAAAUAAACACAAAAUAAAGGAGUAAAGAACCAGCACGAUGACUGGCUUCACCAACGCUGGUUUUGAAAACGAUGAGCCCGUCAAGCCAAAAGCUGGUUUCGAGCCCGACACCGCCUCACUUCGGGAGAAAGUUGUGCUGAAUCCGGGCGAGAAAUGGCGCAUCUUAAAGAAUAUCUCGAUCAUCUCGAUCGCCUUCAUGGUGCAGUUUACAGCGUUUCAGGGAACGGCUAACUUGCAAUCCUCCAUCAACUCAAAGGAUGGCCUGGGAACAGUUUCCUUGAGCGCCAUCUACGCCGCCCUGGUGGUGUCCUGCAUCUUCCUGCCCACGCUCAUCAUCCGGAAGCUGACCGUCAAAUGGACUCUGGUCUGCAGUAUGCUCUGCUAUGCCCCCUACAUUGCCUUCCAGCUCUUCCCGCGAUUCUACACUCUGGUGCCCGCUGGUAUCCUUGUGGGUAUGGGAGCAGCGCCUAUGUGGGCGUCCAAGGCCACCUACCUGACGCAGGUGGGACAGGUGUAUGCCAAGAUAACGGAACAGGCGGUCGAUGCCAUUAUCGUGCGCUUCUUUGGCUUCUUCUUCCUGGCCUGGCAAUCCGCCGAGCUCUGGGGCAAUCUCAUCUCCAGCUUGGUCCUCUCCAGCGGCGCUCAUGGAGGUGGCAGCAGCUCCUCAAACUCAACAAUCAGUGAAGAGGAUCUCCUGCUUUGCGGCGCCAAUUUCUGCACAACCGGCAGCGGUGGACACGGAAAUCUGGAACGCCCGCCAGAGGAUGAGAUCUUUGAGAUCUCGAUGAUCUAUUUGUCCUGCAUUGUGGCCGCCGUAUGCAUCAUUGCCUUUUUCCUGGAUCCCCUCAAGCGGUAUGGUGAGAAGAGGAAGGGCUCCAACUCCGCAGCGGAAUUGUCUGGACUGCAGCUGCUAUCGGCGACAUUCCGGCAGAUGAAGAAACCGAAUCUACAGCUCCUCAUACCGAUCACCGUCUUCAUUGGAAUGGAGCAGGCCUUCAUCGGUGCGGAUUUCACCCAGGCCUAUGUGGCCUGUGCCCUUGGAGUUAACAAGAUUGGAUUCGUGAUGAUCUGCUUUGGUGUGGUUAAUGCUCUGUGCUCGAUCCUUUUCGGAUCGGUGAUGAAGUACAUUGGCCGCAUGCCCAUCAUUGUAUUGGGUGCUGUUGUCCACUUCACCCUGAUCACCGUGGAGCUGUUCUGGCGUCCCAAUCCCGAUAAUCCUAUCAUAUUCUAUGCCAUGUCCGGGCUGUGGGGCGUUGGUGAUGCCGUGUGGCAGACGCAGAUCAAUGGACUGUAUGGUCUGCUGUUCCGCCGGAACAAGGAGGCCGCCUUUUCUAACUACCGCCUGUGGGAGUCCGCCGGAUUCGUUAUCGCCUAUGCCUACGCCACCACUCUGUGCACCCAAAUGAAGCUCUACAUUCUGUUGGCGGUCCUCACGCUCGGCUGCAUUGGCUAUGUCAUUGUUGAGAUCCUCUACAGGAAGAAGCAACGCAAGGUGAAGAAGCAGGAGAAGCUGGAGGCGGCAGAGAAGGAGAAGGAGGCCGCCAUAGCUGCUGCUGCGGCGGCCGCUGCCGCUCUUGCCGCCGCCGAGGCAGCGCCCAUCGACGGCGUUGAGGAGACGGACGACGAGCUGGACGAUCUCGAGGAGGACAUUGUGGUUACGCGCCUGUAAUUUCAAGGUCGCUAGCCACACAACCCCCAAAACCCCUCCUCCACCUCCUCCUCCUACUAUCCCCCUCCGCACACAGACACAGAGCCCCUCAACAAUCGGUUAUCGAUAGACCGACAAUCGAAGGGGCCAAAGAAAUGAAGAAACUUUUGUGGUUGUAGUUUUCUAAUAGAACAUUUAACAAAAAAAAACAAAAAAAAAGACACAAAAAGACAAAAAAAAACCUCACAUCCCGAAACAAAAAUGAGAAAAAAAACCAUUUAGCUCAAAAGACCAAGACGCACACACACACACCCAGCAGGUGUGUGUGCAUGUGGGCGGACUUGGCUUACUUUUAGUCUGUAAAUAAGAGUGGAGAUCGAAAGAGAGUUCUUUUUUUAAAAUAGAGCUGAAGAAAGUAAAGAAAAACCGCAAGAAAGCAAAAGAAAUGCAAAAUGUGUGUUAGUAUAGGUGUAAGCACACACACACAAACACAAACACACUCACAGCACACACCUACA